AUGUUGAGCACACAAAGUUUUUCGAAAUUGAAUCAUACUCGAUCAGAUCAAUAUGAUAACGAUGAAAACUUAAACUCAGGACAUAAUUUAUCAGAAAAGUCACCGAUUAAUAUGAGAUCUAAAAUUAGUAACUUUAACCUUACUACACGUUCGGACCUUUCGUUACCCCCUAUUGAUAAUCGUGUCCCUUACAAAAUUACUUCAAAAAUAAAUAACAACAGGUCUCAAGUUCGAUUUUCCAUUCCAGACCCAAAUUUGGUUAACGAUGAUUGUUCUUAUAUAUCAAUAUCAAACUCCCCACAAAAAAUUGUGUUUCCUAAAGAACCUAUUGAAAAUGCAAAAUUUGACGACGGAGAAUUGACAAGUAUAUACUCCGACCCUCUAACAACAUUUCCAAAUUAUCAUAGAGAUCCCAAAUCACCAAUUAAAAAGGUAAAUAAAAUUCCGUUGAAGGAUAGAUUGAACUUAGUAGACUUACAAACAAAAGUGAUGAUAGAUGUACCUGAAAGUAUAUGGAAGUAUCAUAGAACCCACAGAUCAAAGGAGGAUUCCAACAAUAAUAAUAGUAAUAAUAAAGAUAGCAUCCGUGGUCAUAGGAAAACAAAAUCAAUGCAUAAUAUUUAUAAUCCCUAUAGAGACGUCGACGCUAUCAAUAAAUCAAACAUAUCACCGGAGACCCAUGAAUGGACUCCAUUUCACCAGAAAUCUAAAUCACUACAGUCAAUAAUUGCAGAAACUGUAAAGAUAUAUAAUGAAGAAGAACAGGCUAAAUCAAAUGAAGACAUAUCAUUAUCCACUUUUAACGAAACUGUUAGCACCAUAUCACCGCUUAAUAUACGGCAGCCAGGGAGAUACACAAAAAUUACAAAGAAACAUGAUUUGUUUUUAACCUCAGAAUCUCCAUUAAAUAAAUAUAAAGUUUCAGUACCAUUGGAGAUUAAUCUACCUCCAUAUUUAUCACCUCAUAAUAAAGACAAAAAUUACCAUAGAAGGAGCUUAAUUUAUAAUGGCCAAGGUUAUAGUACGUUUAAUACUGACUCAGAAGAGACAAUAUCAGAAUCCGAAAUAUCAGAAUCGAUACAUGAGGACAGCAAAGAAUCUGAUUUUGUUACUGAUUCACUUAUCGGUGACGAUUCUCUGCCAUAUGCAACCAAUAAUAUAUCAAUUGAUGUGGGAAAUAAAACUGUAAAAGAUACAGACUUAUUCCUCGGCAUCGAUGAAGAAGCUAACGUGAACUUGAAAGUUCAAAACAAAAAUAUAAGAUCAAAUUCGAAACCUCCUAAACAACCACCUCUUCCAGCAAAGGAUACCCAAUUCAAAUCUUCAACAUCAAUCAAUAAUGAUAUUACAAGUCCACAUACAAAAUCCUUGCAACAGAGUUAUUCAAGACCUACAAGUGAUGCGUUAGAAAUUCUUGCGACUCCAUCCAAGAGUAUAGUCAUACCAUGCUUAGAUGAUGAAGAUUACCAAACACCAAAAGUCCCAAGUACAAAUGGCUCAUUGAAAUUUUUUGAAAACUUUGAACCUCUUUCCAAUGAAGAGCAAGACACCUUUAACACAGAUAAAUACCCGAGAAGAGUUGAAGGUAAAUUGAAUCUUGCGUUUAAAUUUCCAUUCAAUGAGACAAAUAAUCAAGUGGCUGAAAGACGUCAAGUUAAUCCAACCGAUGAAACUAUGGACUUCCUAAAGGUUGCUCAGAAGCCGUCAGAUCCAGAAUUUGAAAAUAGACGACAACGAUUAAUCCACAAUCAAUCAGCGAAUAACUCACCUGUUCAUAAAUCGGGGCAUGCACAUAGAAGAACUCAAAGUAUUCAUAAUAUUGAGUUUACCACAUUUGAUAGCCUGACAACUCCUCAAGCAUCAGUUGACGCUGCAUCAACUCCACAAAAAGAGAGUACGACAGAAUUGGAAAUCCCAGUAAGAUCUCAAUUCAGAAACCAAACUUCAGUAAUAGUGGAGUCGCCUAUUAUUAAAAUUACUCCGCCUCACAAGAACACACAAGAUAGUAUAGUAUUUAUCUCUGAAAGGAUUAUAUCAUCUUCGCCGAAACCUAAAGUAUGUAACGGUAGUAGACCCCUAUCUUCGAUUCAGUCAUUCAGUAAGCCGGUAUCUUAUAAAGAUGUUGGAAAUAUGCACUCAAGCGAAAAUAUAUUGAUGCCAGAAGACGUUCUCGACAGUAAAACGGUACCUAUUAAAAAUUUUAAUAGUCUAUCUCCCAGACGAAGUUUAUCAAAUAAUGGUAGCCAUCAGUCGUCCUCUGUAACAUCUUACACGAAUUCUCAAUUUUCAAAAGCCUCAUAUAAUUCAACCGAAACAGAUAUGGAGGCUGUUGAAGAGAUAGAAGAAAUUGAAUUAAUUAAAAGGAGUAAUAUUCCUGUUGAUGUGUCGUUCUCACUAAAAGAAAAGAAAGAAGAGAAUGACAUCAGUUUUGAAAUAAUUAAGGAGUAUAAAAAUGGUAAAGAGGUUGAUGUUAUUGUAUUAAAUGAUGUUGAAGAAUCUGCGAAUGACACAUCUAAAAGGAAAAGGAAAUUAAAAAGUACGCGAAUAACAAAAAAUAAGGAUUAUAAUGCGAUCCUUGAUAUGUGUGAAAAUACGGCAUCUGAAGCAAAAGAUAUUAUCUACAAAUUGGUGUCAGAAACAGAACCACUGAAUGUGAAUGAAAGUGGUAAAAAGAAUAUGCAUCACACCUCUCAAGAAAAUGAGCAACGUGAACGUUACUUAAAGAAAUUUAACAGGACAAUGAGAGUAACAUCAAAAAUAAAAUAG